GGUCAAUGGAAACGCCAGUUUGUUUGAGCUCGUUCUAAUCCGUUUUUGAUCGUUUCCACUAAGCUGGGUUAAGAUGUACCCAGGGUUAAAAUGUGUCCUUAGCCCUCUACAAUUUAUAUAAAUCAGAUUUAGAUUAUUUAAAUUGAAACUGAAGGACGCACAGCUGUGAGAGAAGUCAGUUUUUCAACAGCAGUCCUUGAAUUUUUUUUAUAACGCUGUUGUUGUUGUUGCUGUUGUUGUUGUAGGUGGAUCUAAAUUUACCCGGGUUUGGCAUUCCCACUAGCCCACAGAUGAGUUAAAAGAUACCCGGGUAAAAAAAUGAUUCACUUGGAGGCCCGUUUUUAAACUUGUCCGUUUUUCUAGUGGGUUAGUGGGAACGCAACGCAAAAACGGAUAACUUUUCACCCGUUGUUGUUUUAAGCCGGGCUAGUGGAAAGGCUGCCUGAGAAGUAUAUCAUAUAUACGGAGAUUUUUGUUGGUACAAAAACUGUAGACCACUAAAUAUCUUUGAACGCUAGGAGCGCUGUCUUGAUGAGACGUUGUCAUGUCAAUUGAAAGAUAUAUCAGGUCACGAACGAGGUUAUCGGAAUCACUUGAGAUGCAGGGUUUACAUUGAAAAGUGAAGCAGGUGUAUGUAUGCAACAAGAGCCCUGCCGACAAGUGAAUGUGGAAUCAGUGGGUAUUGAUGAAAACCAACUGUAGGUUAAGCUGCGUCAAUCAAGAAAAUAGGGUAUUCAAUAAAGAGGGUUUGCACGUAAGACGGGAUACUGAAUAGUGCAAUUAAAAUAUACAACAGACUCUGAUAAAGAUUGAAAAAAUCUUCCAAUAUGAAUAGAUGUCGUAAAAUGAAUUGCCUGCAAUAGUUAUUAAGUGUCAGAUCACCUGUGUAUACUUCAAUGUGAUAUCGUGAUUAUAGAUUUCAGUUAUCGUCAAUUUAGAAAUCAGUCCAAAAUGCCUGUCGAUAAAAAUGGGAUAUCAGUCGCAGAGGACCACAAAAAAAACACCACUAAAGAGGAUGAUUCAGUUUUAAACGCUGCUGAAUCUUUGACAGUUCAUGCCUUUCCACGAAUUUUCAACUCUAAGAAUUGGGUUUUCAAAGUCUUCUGGUUUCUGAUACUGAGCGGAGCACUGGGUGUUUUAAUUUGGCUAAUAUAUCAACGUGUGACUGACUACAAGAAACAUGAGGUUUAUAUUAAAAGGGAAUCAAACGUUGUACAACCGUUGCCUUUCCCAGCAGUCACUGUUUGCAAUUCCGAUCGCUUUUCGGGCAUUCCAGUGAAACAAUUUCCAAUGGACAACAAAAUUUGCAGUGAUGCUACAACCAGUAAAUCUACAGAACGUCAAGAUAUCGAAUUCAAUAAAGCGUGUAGAAUGUUUCUUAGUGGCUUCAAAGAUACAUUUAGAUUUGGUGGAAAAGAUUUGCCAGGGUUCCCAGACCAGUUUACGUCAUCAAACGGUGCAUAUCCGUGUUUCACAUUUAACAAAAACGGCAAAGCACAGCAGAAUGUUUCAGGGGGUGGCAAAGGAUUGGACAUGAUCUUCUUCUCUGACCCUAAUGACAUUUAUCAUUCAGAAAUGGUGAAUUUAUCACGUUUUGAUGACCAAAGACGUGGUAUUCUCGUACAGAUACACGACCCAAAUACUGAGGUAUCAUUGGAUCAGUCGUCAAGCAUUACCAUAUCACCUGGCUACUUGACGGAGAUCGUCAUCAAAAGAGUGACAACCAGUAGAAAGAAGCACCCCUUCCCAUCAAAAUGCCACACAUCCGAAACAACAAAGUACAAAUUAAUUGGUGGGAGGUACACGAGGUCAAAUUGCAUUUCAUCUUGUUUUCAGUUGAAACUGCAAGAGGAAUGCGGAGACAUUAUGAAGCCAAACAAAUCAGCCACACAGAUAUUGUGCGAGAGCGAUAUGUACAGGAGACAACCAAUUGAAGACUGUCAAUGUCCUCAACCUUGUUAUGAAGUCGCCUUUCCCAGAAUGGUUUCUGUCAGCGUCUGGCCUCGAAUGUUUCAAUUUGAAUCAUUAAAAGAUGAUUUCUCUAAAAUGGCGAAUACGUCUGAUAACAUGACGUUACAAUAUAUGCAAAAGCGGUUUUCUCAAGUUAAAAUCUACUACCAAGAUUUGUUGGAGACAAAAUUAAGCGAAGAGGAGCUGUACGGAAUUACAAAUUUGCUCAGUGAAGUCGGAGGACUGAUGGGGCUUUUGAUUGGUUCGUCAGUUAUUUCGGUCGUAGAAAUCAUUUGGCUGUCUGGAAUAAUUAUCAAAAAGCUGUUUGGUAGUGCUGUCUCACAUACAAGGAAAGAGCCAAAGAAAACAAAUACGAUAAAAAGUUCCACGAUGCAGUUGUAUCCCGUUAAGUUCUACUCCAAAUAAUCCCGCCGUUUAAUAAGUCGUACUGACUUUCAAUUCUGUGGGAUUUUUCUCUCUUACUCGACUAAAACUUGUAUCCCAGAUAAGUCGGACAUUCGCAAAGGCAGACUAUUCUCGUAUUCUCUUUGAAGGCCCAACUUAAUAGGAUUCAGAUGUAGCUGUUUGCAAGCACUGAUCAUUUAGAAAGUGCAACUGGGCAAACAGGGGCGGAUCUAGAAAGUAUUCUGACUGUCGCACACAAGGGUGUGGUCGGAAAUAUCAUUCUUGACCACACCCAUAGUUUUUAAGGAUAUUCGCCCCUUUCUCAUUUGAGCAAUCGACACGCACAUUAAAUUGGCUUUAUUUAGAACGUUGUCAAACUGUUGUUUAUUCCUUAUCUGAGUUUUCAAUUGAUACUACAGAAUCAUUUGUGUUGUUUCUUAGCCAAGCGUAAAGCAAGAAACAACUUGAAAUUCUUAAACGUAUUGACACGGUUUUCCUUUCAUAAUCAGGCAAACAUUCGAGUCGUCUCUCUGGAUUUGUUUAUGGUAUACGAUGACAAACCAGGCCACGCAAAAAAUGAAAAAUAUCAUUACAAUGAAUUUUCAUAACUAACAAAAUAGAACAAAUGUACACAAAUAUUCAUAAAAACCUGCACUAAUAACUAGUAUUUUUUAAUAGCUAAACCAAAUCAGCGUGAAAACAUGUAUUUUACUCCGAAGAAACCCCUUCGAAUUCAGGGGAAUACCCAAGCAAGUAAACUUUACCCGGAAAUAUCUGAAAGCUGAUAAGGAACUGAGAAUCCACAUUGAAAAGAUUCACUUUGAAAGUUUUGUCCAAUUAAAAAUUUCACUCUGCCAACGUCCUGAACAUUAUUUAUUCGCCAGGGCCAAAUCGCAGGUAUCACCCCAGUCCAGGGCAUUUUGACAUUUGUAGGCCCUUGAUCCAUGAAGGAGGUAAUGAAUGUCGAAACUUGAAAACAUCCCGUGUCGAAUGUUACUCUGAAAAUCUAGCGACCUUUGUCUUCCAAAUUACCAGGUUUAACGUAUUCAUUAUACAUGUAGCCAGUCGACUCCAUAACACAAAAUUCCUUCUCGCCAGUGAAAAAAUUCCCCAUGCCAAGCAUAAAUAAGCUCAAAACUGUACCAAGCACGCAAUGAGGACGGAUUAAUCUUUGCCCAUUGGUGCGACCUUACUAAAAAAACAUACUGUGCACCGAAGUUCGCACUAUCUAGCAAUUUCAUUGGUUAAAUAUUUUAAAACAAAAGCUGUGCGAAUCGGUGCGAACGUGCUACUAAUCAUACUGUGCACCGAAAUACCCUAAUCUAACUACAUUGGUACCCUGUUGUUUUUCAGUCAGGAUACUUUGAGAUUUGAAUCAGAUUGAAUCAAGAUCGAGAUUGAAUUAGAGAUGGUGUUUAAGAUUUUGCUUGUGUUUAUGGCCAGGUUUAAAUCAUGCAUGAUUCAGACCUUGGAUCUUCCUGCUCCUGCACGGUGUUCAGUUGUCAAAUAUAACUAAAGCAUAAUUCCCAAGCAAAUACACUUAAAACACAAAUUGGAAAUUUGCCAAUAAGCGAGAAUGUUGUUGUUAAGGAAAAACCUCUUUCGAGACGGAUUCUUAGCAUAAAUUUAAAAGUUUGACUGUCGCAUGUGCGAACGGUGCGAACGUCUAGAUCCGCCCCUGUGGGCAAAGUAACUAUACAUUGGACACGCAAUAACGUAUUUCUCUCGUUAAUUUACAAGUUUUCCUCUACGAAACUACCAAUAAAUAGACUGCGUUUACCGAGAACACCAGAUUUGAAAGGUCUGUCCCUGGAUGAAGCUUUUCCAUAACGCGUCCAUGAAAGCAUGCAUGUUGCUUUAACUUGUCAUCAUCUCUUAGAUGUACCGAGUUUUACAUUGUACACUUAAGUCACUAAAUGCAACAAUCUAGCUGAAGAUAAUCGAACAAAUAUAUUUCCCAGCAAAUUUGGGUUUCUUGUAGACACCACUACGAAAUUUAUAGCCUUCUUUUCCAACACAUACAGCAAGACAGCUUAAGUUGUUUUUGCACCUCCUUGAGGAAAAAUUUCAGGCCAUCCCGCAAAGAAAGCAAUUUGUUGUUAGACCAAUGCAAUAUGUCUUCAUGGCAUUUAAAAUUGAUUUUCGUCAAUUGUUUAACAUUUCAGACACAAAUAAAUUUUUUUGAUAACACUAUGUCCUUUGAAAGCUUUCAGUAAUUAGUUUCUAAACACAGGCAGAGCAAAGCUGCAAUCUGACUCACAAUAAUCACCCGAACUAAAUUCUAAUCAUUUUCAUAAAAUAUGUGAUUAAAUCUACCAUAAUUCUCCCUAGAUUUGUUCUCACCUUCUCA